AGUGGAGGCUGGGCCCAGGCAACAGCAAUGGCGGAGAGGCCCGAGGACCUAAACCUGCCCAACGCCGUCAUCACCAGGAUCAUCAAGGAGGCGCUCCCGGACGGGGUCAACAUCUCCAAGGAGGCCCGGAGCGCCAUCUCCCGCACCGCCAGCGUCUUCGUGCUGUACGCCACAUCCUGUGCCAACAAUUUUGCAAUGAAAGGGAAGUGCAAGACUUUGAAUGCCAGUGAUGUGCUCUCCGCCAUGGAAGAGAUGGAGUUCCAGUGGUUCGUUACCCCAUUAAAAGAAGCUCUGGAAGCAUAUAGGCGGGAGCAGAAGGGCAAGAAGGAAGCUUCAGAACAAAAGAAGAAGGACAAAGACAAAAAAAAAACAGAUUCAGAAGAGCAAGACAAGAGCAGGGAUCAGGACAACGAUGAAGAUGAGGAAAGGACGGAAGAAGAAGAACAAAAUGAAGAAGAGCAAGUGGACAAAUGAAUAGGGUGGGCGACUGUGGCACCUUGGAAGGUGCCAUUCUGAGACUCGCUACAUGUUUCUCUGAAGGUUUUCCCUGCGGGGCAGAGUAGUCUUAGGCAGAAGUGCCUGAGAAGAUGAAAAUAAAAAAUGACUAGAAUUGUCACCAAAACCAGCACUUCCCAAACUCAAAGCAUCUGAGUAGCAGAAUCCUUUUUUGUUCAGUCUGAAGGUUAUGCCUUUGGCAAGAGAGAUUCUGAAUGGCAAAUUAAAUUAGUUGAAUCACUCUUGUUUGCUUAUAUGUAUGGUUAGGUCAUUUUUGAUCCCUA